AACAAAAUUAGAUUCAUUCACCUCUUAACAACAUAUUUCUCUCUAAGCAAAAAAUGGGAAAAGUUCCAUGUCGUUUGCCAACAGAUUUUGAUCAAUCUGAUCCAAUACAUGUUCACUCAUCUUCGUCAUCGUUAUCGAAAUCCUCUUCCCUUUACUCACAACCAAGUUUACCAUCAGUUCCUUCUUUAACUCCUGCUUCAACUCACACACAAAUUUUAUCCAACGCCUUCUGUGCAUCCACUUUUACCAACCUGUCAUCCUCCGUUUUCUGCUUAGCACUUUUUGGAAAACACAUCUACUCUGGAACUUCCAACGGAGAAAUUCUCCGAUGGAAUAGAGAAAAUCAUUAUUCAAAGGUAGUUGCACAGAUACACAAUAACAGCUCUAUCAAAUCAAUAGUUAUUAUCGGGGACAAACUGUUUAGUGCACACCAAGAUCACAAAAUUCGCGUAUGGAAAAUUGAGAACAAUGACAACGAAAAUUAUUAUAAGUGCAUUGCCACGUUACCAACGUUCAAUGAUCGGUGUAUGAGAUUAUUCAGUGCGAAAAACUAUGUUGAAAUUCGUAGACACAAGAAGUGUACAUGGGUUCAUCAUGUUGAUACAGUUUCAGCUUUAGCUUUAUCACCAGAUAGUUCGUUGCUUUACUCUGCUUCAUGGGAUAGAACUUUCAAAGUAUGGAGAACAUCAGAUUUCAAAUGUCUUGAGUCAGUCUGGAAUGCUCAUGACGAUGCCAUUAACGCGAUAGCUUUAUCGAAAAAUGGGUAUGUUUACACAGGUUCAGCAGACAUGAAGAUAAAGAUAUGGGAGCGAUCAGAACAAGGGGAAAAGAACUUACACACCCUAGUGGCAACUCUACAGAAGCACAAAUCAGCGGUAAAUGCUUUAGCACUUCGCACAGAUGGAUCAAUUUUAUAUUCUGGUGCUUGUGAUAGAUCCAUAAUUGUAUGGGAAAAAGAUAGUGGUGGUACUGAAAAUGGAAAAAUGAUAGUGAGUGGAGCUUUAAGAGGGCAUACCCAGGCCAUUUUGUGUUUGGCUGUGGUGGCAGAUUUGGUGUGCAGUGGAUCAGCUGACAAAACGGUGAGAAUUUGGAAGAAAGGAAUUGGAAAAAGUUAUUCAUGUUUGGCAGUUUUGGAAGGGCAUAAUGGUCCAGUUAAAUGUUUGACUGCUAUUUUGGAUAAUAAUAAUAGUUGUAGUAGUAAGAGUGGUAAUGAUGAUUUUGGUUGUGGAGAUUCUUAUGUGGUGUAUAGUGGUAGCUUGGAUUGUGAUAUUAAGGUUUGGAAAAUUUGGGUCCCAUGCCUAUAGAGUUUGAUAUCUUUCCCAUAGAAACUCUUACAGUCUUAGUAGGAAACUUUUUAUGGUAUAUAGAAAUGAGAAAUCUUUUUUUUUUUUUUGAUUGCUUUGGAGAGUGUAUUGAGACAGCCUCUCUGAAAUUCUACCUUAGAGCUAGAGAUAAGGUUUGCGUAUACUUAAUCCCUUUCAGACCUUAUUUAUGAGAUUAUAUCGAAUAUGUUGUUGUACGUGUAGAAUUAAAAAUGAGAAAUCUUUCAUUUUUA